UCACUGUAAGAAAUAGUGUUGAUCUCUUUUUGGAGUAGUCUUUUUUAAGAAAAGGAGUGAAACCUUUUCCCUGAGGCAAACAUCAGAAAUAAACGUUUAGUUCGGAUUUUCUCAAUAGUUUACAAAUGUGGGUGUAAUGUAGUGAUGUUAUUCUAAUCUAAAUCCCACACAUUUCCUGGAAAAUGAAAUCAUGUGAUUUGAUUCAUCCUCUCACUUCUCUGCCAAGGCUCAGAGUCUAGCAGUGUGCUGUAAAGACGCAUUUUCCAUGCAGAGAAUAUCUGAUUCAUACAAGCUUUCUCCCACCAUGGAAGUGUUCCAGCAUCAGCUACUUAGACUUGUUGGGAGUCUGAUUUGUUUCUGUACUCUGGUAAAAUGUAUCAGAUAUAUGAAAGACCUUUUCCCAUAUAUCUGAAGUUCUUUGCCUUAGGUUUUCAUUCAGUCAUUGGGAGAAUGAGCAGUGGUCACAGGAGCAGGGGAUGGGAUUGAAAAAGCAUAUUCCUUCAGGAAAAAUUUACAGAGCUGGCCACAGAAAAAGGUGAAGGGUAUACAAGAUGAUUUCACUAAAAAUUUGGUGUAUUUUUGUAAUUAUGUAAAAUUUGGUGAAAAAGAUCUGAAGGAUGUGGAUAUAGGUGUUCUGGUUAGCAAUGUUUGAGUGCUUCAUAAUCCUCUUCCAUGCUGUUUCCUUAAUGGGUCAAACAUAGAAGAGGACCUUGUCAACUGCAAUAUUAUUUCUGUUUUAGAAAUGACAAAAAUAAUUUUGAAACAGAUGCAAGCAAGUCAGAAAAUUCUAAUUCUGAAUCUGUCCUCUGGUUCAAGUACUUUCCCUUUUCCAUUAUAUACAAUGUACUCAGCUACUAAGAUAAAUCUUUCACAGUGCUUUAUGAAGAAAUCCCCAUUAAGUGUUUAUCAAACACUUCUACAACCACUACAAGCAGAGUAUAAAGCAAAGGUAAUUAUCAUUCCGAUAGUGCUUCCUUAUAGUGUUUCUUCUCCAGUGACAAUGUACCAAAACCCUGAUGAUAUUACAAAAACAGCAGAAGAGCUUGUUUGUGAAUCACUGGAGUAUGUCACCUUUGGAGAUGAGAUUUUUGGAUGUUUCACCCAUGAUAUUCUGAUUUAA